AUGGGUGUCAGAGGUACAUCCUUAUCUGACAGCGGAAAACAUGCAAAUUCGUCUACUGACAGACGAAACUAUGAUGAUACACUGUUAAAGCUGCACAAAGGCACAGGUAUGCAGAAUUUUGGAUCCGGGUUCAGUUCAGGUUUUAAGAUUUUUGGUGUAGGGUCAAACACUAGCUCGGAAAUAGGAUCCGGGUCUGGACAAACCUCUGGCUCAGAUAACAUACCAAACCCUAUUUCCGUAGGUCCGAUCCACUUUGGUAUACCCGUACCCGGAUCCAAUGAGAUAUAUAGAGAAGACAGACUAAAGCUUGCUAAGCGUAUGACCCAGAGCCCACAAUGCAAUGCACCAUACCAAAACCCCAGUGAAACUCGCCACAGGGCCCACCAACAAUCUCAUCAGCCAAGCUCUGACACCCAUACAAACCUGCUGCAUAAUUACUUUAUCCCUCUGUAUGCUCAGACAUUGAGCAAUGCACUUGACGUCCCGCACACAAUUGUCAGCAUGGUUAUCACUAAAGUAAAUGAGGUCCCUCCUGCGAAAGUUACACACAACCAAAUACAAGUACCAGAGCCAGCACCAGAACCUCAACCACCUCAACCAUCUCAACCUUCUGAACCAUCUCCUCAGCUGCAUACAUAUAAGAGAAGAGAGCAACACCCAAGAAAAGUACUACCAAAACAUCUCAAUCUCCCAUCGACACCUGACUUUGCAGCGCCUCCCCCACCACCAAAGGCAAGGAAGUUCCUCUCACUUACUACAUUACAACCAGAAUCCACAAGGUCUUUCACACCUCAAUAUGAAGUUCUAACGACCAGAAGUAGAAAAGAAGCAGCAACAACAACAACACAACAACAUAGCAACUCUGAGGACAAAGGAAAGAAGCCUUCAGGACAGCAAGAAGGAACUAGGAAACAACAACCAACUUCACCGGCUUGGCAACUAUAUCUGGAAGACGAAGAGACUGAUGUUGAAGACGCUAGCAGCAGCAAGCGAGCUUCUGGCAAGAGCCAGAGCUCGCACCAGAAAUGA